AUGGAAGAAGGAACCGUCCCAACACCCACCUCGGAGCCUCCUCCGCUCCCAUACUCGUUGCGCACCAGGAAAAAGUCGAUCGCCUUUUUCUGGACCAUCUUUGUGAUUGAUACCUUGGCUCAGCCCUUGAUUCUAUAUUGGUGUCUUUGGUAUCUCACGGAUCUAUCACACAACGUGGUCUUCUCGAUUGUCACCGCAUCACUUGGAGGAGUCUCGGUCUUCGAAUACUUUUACCGCCUACACAAUCUAUUCCGCAAAAACUCCAGGGCCCGACCCCUGAACUCUCGUGUAUCAUGGCUGGAUUUCUUUCAAAUCAACUUCACCAUUGUGUGGUUGAUUCUAGCGGUCGAAUUAGUCGUUGGAUCGGUUCCUGAAGAACCAUACGUGCGCCUCAUCGCCAUGGUCCUACCAACCGUCAUGUUCUACUUCGGCAUCGUCUACCUUUCUCUCGACAUUUUCCGUAUGAUGGGCUUCAAGGCCCCGUUCCGAAUUUCCUCCACGCCCAAAGGCUCCGUUAUGCCCACUGCAUUGUAUGCGCUUAUUGAAGACGUGGUGGCAGUCGACGGUGGUGGUGGGCAGAUAUAUCGAUAUGCUCUACGAACUCGAUACCUAUCGAGUCCUUAUUUCCGCCGUAUGCUCUUCGAGAUGAACUGUUUCUGGAGUGGAGGAUCCAUCAUAUUCGCCGCCGCCAUUACCGCAGUGGUCUUCACGGUUCAGGAAAAUGUUGCAUUCACGUUGGGCUGGACCCUUCCGUUUGCCUGGGCUAUUGUCUGGACCGUGAUCACAAUUCCCUGGGUCCAGAGUGACCUGCGUCGUGAGAAGAAGGCGUGGGCAGAAAACCGUGGACAAGGCGGCAUCCCGUGGGUUGACGAUAUCAGCGCACCCACUGCACGUACCCGUUUUGCGUCCGUUCAGGCCAACGUCUGGCCCUGGACUCGUGAUAAGCAGAGCCCCCCGGCGACGCCAUCUGAGCAGACCGAGAAAAUCCCCGAUGCCCCCAGUGGAGCCUCCAAUGGACCUCUUGGUAUCUCCAACGAUGCCUCCGGCAGUGCGCCUCAUGGUGCACCUCACGUAACUGAUGAAACUUAUGAUGGCGCAACCCUCGCGCCCAAUGCUGAACCAUCUACGGAGAAAUUAUCCGUGUAA